AUGGGUACCGAUCCUGUCGCCUCACCGCAAUCGAAAGGUAACGAUUACCGAGAUGAGGAUGCUUCUACCGAAAAACAGGAUAAGGGUGUUUCCACGAUUGUAGACGAACCGGAGAUCGAUGACGUGAACGAGGCACGGAGAACCGUAGAGGCUUAUACUUCAGAUGAAGCGAAGCGAGUUCUCAGAAAAGUCGAUUUACGCCUGAUACCGCUGUUAGCAUUUCUCUACCUGCUUGCUUUCAUUGACAGAGGCAACAUUGCAAAUGCAAAGAUUGCAGGUAUGGAGACUGAUCUUAAUAUGCACGGGUCUCAGUACAAUGUGGCCUUGACCCUCUUCUUCAUCCCCUACGCCCUUUUCGAAGUGCCUAGCAAUAUCGUUCUCAAGAUGCUGCGUCCCUCGGUAUGGAUUUCGGUCAUGAUCUUAAUGGGAAUCGUGCAAAACUACGAAGGCCUUCUUGCCGCACGGUGGUUCCUUGGAGUUACGGAGUCUGGCUUCUUCCCUGCAGCAACAUAUUUAUUGACAAUAUGGUACAAGCGCUAUGAAAUCCAGCAACGAAUGGCAAUCUUUUACGCUUCUGCCUCCCUUUCUGGGGCGUUUUCUGGACUAUUAGCUUUUGCUAUUGAGAAAAUGCACGGUGUGGGAAAACUCGCUGGCUGGCGCUGGAUUUUUAUCCUCGAAGGUCUGCUCCCAGUCGUGAUGGCCGCCAUUGUAUGGCGCAUUCUUCCAGAUAGCCCGGAAAAGGCUCGCUUUUUGACCAAAUCUGAAAGGGAUUUCAUCGUUAACCGACUUGCCUUGGAAACUGGAUCUGGCCAUGGAAAAGUCACGAAUUCUGACAAGAUCCGAAUGCAUCAUAUUGUCUCCGCGUUCAAGGAAUGGAAGAUCUGGGCUACUGUUAUUCUUUUCUGGGCAAACUCCAUUGGCGUUUACGGCUUUACAGCAACCGUUCCCACAGUCAUCGCUGACCUAGGCUACACGACAGCUCAUGCACAACUUCUAACUAUUCCUGUCUACGUUGUUGCUAUGGUAUCAACUGUAACUUUUGCGUUCGUUUCAGAUCACUAUAAGCAGCGGACUCCCUUCAUUGUCGCUGGCUAUACCAUUGCCGCUCUCGGCUUUACCGCUCAACUCGCUAUCCCGCAGCCCAAAUUCCCCGGCCUCACAUACGGGAUGCUCUUCCUCGUUGCGGCUGGUCUUUACGCACCCUUUAUUUCCAUCGUUUGCUUAAUUGCCAACAAUCUUGCCCCUUCAUCGAAACGUGCUGUUGGGAUGGCGUUGCUGAUAUCUAUGGGAAAUUUGGGUGGUAUCGCGGGUUCGAAUAUUUAUCGGGCAUCGGAGAAGCCAAAGUAUCCGACAGGAUUUGGGGUGUCACUUGGCAUGUCGCUCAUCGCGAUUAUCAUGACAUUCGUCCUACGCCGUGCAUAUCGAAAGCUAAACGAAGGACGAGAUCGUCUGCUAGCCGAUGAGGGCGAUGAGGUCAUUCGAGGACGAUAUACUGAUCAAGAAUUGUUGGAUUUGGGAGACGAAAGUCCCUUCUUUAGAUACACACUCUAA